AUGCGAGCUAACACGCCAGCUGUACGUGCUGGCACACCAGUGCCACGCCGGCCUGGUCCACUAUUGCUGUUGCCCAACAAGAGGGAGUCUUCUCCCAUUCAGCAGCGACGUAGUUCUAUCGGCUGCAGUGCGACAUCGUCACCAGCAAAGAUUCUUGUCUUUCAGCGUGCGCAUGCACCUGUUGUGGAGAAUACGCCGUUACCUGAAGAAACUCUUCGCACACUUCGUCACACGCGCAGCCUAUUUUUAUGUUGUCGCAAUCUCCUUUCAUUUAGUAAUAUCCGUUACUUGGAAUACAUGACACAGCUUACCUCAUUAAACGUUCAUAUGAAUAGUAUUUCACGAAUUGAGUGUUUGGGUCAUUUACAACACCUCACAGAACUUGAUAUUAGUGCAAAUGAACUUAGGGCAGUAGAUGAGGACGCGUUUAAAGGACUUCGACAGCUUAAACGUCUUAACCUUUCUAGUAAUUUUUUAACAAGCAUUAACAGUUUUCAACAUCUCCCAUGUCUAGAAUGGUUAUCUCUUAGUUUUAAUGAAUUGACAGAUUUAAGGGGUCUUCGUCGUUUGCCGUGUCCAAAGUUAUUGCUUCAUCUUGAUAUUUGUGGGAAUAAAAUAGCAACAUUGUCAGAGUUAGAAAGUUCACUAGAGAAUUGUAGAGAUCUUCAAGAUUUGCGGGUGGAAACACCCCGAGCAUCAAUAGGUCUACCAACUCUUCCACAGCAACUGCGAUUGCGGGAAAACCCAUUCUGUGUGGCACAACCCAAUUACGCAGAGCGACUCCUUCAGCUAUUACCGCGAUUGUUUGCGCUAAACGGUGUACCGUGUGGUUAUGAUCCAACAAGAGAUGGAAUGCAAAUAGAUCGUACAGUGACGGAUAAUCACAAUGAGCAAAUUGAAAGCCAGGAACUGGAUUUAUCAUCUCCCAUUGUUGUUAGUCCACAUGUAACACCGCAACCGCGUAAUACAGAUCUUUUACCAUGCGUUACCACAGCAUUGAAUACAUCUAAAGUAUCUGAAAGCAUGACAUACACUGAAAGCUCUUCCACUGGUGCCAGUAGUAGUGACAGUAAUGAUAGUAGUAGUUACAGUAAAGACGUUGGUGGUAGAAACUCUUCCUCACCACAGUGCCGCUCAAAGCGUAUUUCACGUGCUGUGGUUACCAAUGUUUCAAUACCUCCAUACAAGGAGUUUCAUGUAUCCAGUGUGGAAGAGGAAAUUCUACAGAAGAAUAUUUUAGCCAAAGAGGAACAUAUCGAACACCUUGAACAAAAGUUUAUGCGUGCACAAGAACAGCUUUCACUUCGUGUCGCGUUAGAAGAAGAUUUACGCCGUAAUCUUAAUGAUGUACGUCAGGCACAUGUAGCACUAACAGAAUCUGCUUCAAAUGAAAAGAAGUUACUCUGUCGUCAGAUUUCUGCAUUAAAGGAUGAACUCUCACGUAGAUCAGAAGAAACUGCUAUUCUUCAGAGAAGAAAUCGUGUGGAACUAGAAGAGCAAACGAAUGCAUUACGUAAUGAUUUGCUUAAACAAAAAAAAGAAUCAGCUGCCUCUUUAAAACGUAUGAGUGAAGAACUCUCAAAGGUUCGAAAAUUGUCAAAUGAUAGAGUUACAGAAUUAAAUACUCGUCUUGAUGAUGCUAUUCAACAGAAUGAGUGGUUAGAGAAGCAGAAUGAGGUAACACAAAAUCACAUGAAAAAGCUACAAAAUGAUUUAUUAGGUUGCAGAACUUCUUUACUCUCUUGUGAAAAGGAGUUACAUCUAUCUGAAGAAAUAUAUCGUCUUCAGUUAGAUGAAUUAUUAGUACGUCGUCGGUUAGAGUCUGCAAUGUGGAUUGAUCUUUUUGCUUCUCUCGGUAGACAUGUUCAAGUGCUGCAUCACGAAUAUGAAUCCAUAGUGAUAAAACACCGUAGUUAUCAGAAGUCUUGGGAGGAAUACACUGCUUCAUUGCAGCAACACUACCGUGAGGCAUUGUUGCAGGUACAGGCGACAAGGGUAACAUCACCCAUACAUAAAGAUGUAGGAUGUGACCCCAUUUUUGCAGUUAUUCAACAAGAAGAAAAUGAAAAACAGCAAAGAGAGAAGGAGAAUAUGGAGGAGUUGAGGCAACUGAAGGAUGCUCUCUCUAUCGUUCGUCAAUCAGAGCAUCUACUCUCACGUGAGAAUGAACGUCUAUUGGCAUGUGUAACAGAGAAGGAACGUGAAUUGGCAGUUAUGUCUCAGCAGAAACAAGAUUCUGAUUUGUCAGUUCAACAGAUGAAAGAAAACAUGGAUCGUGAGCGUGAUAACCUUCUUCGCACACUUCAUAAUUUGCGUGAGACGAUUGAAAAAAAAGACUUGGCACUAGAUGAACUGGAAGCGGAGGCAAAGUUAAAGAUUGAUGAAAAGAGAUCUGUUAUAGCAAAACUAGAAGAACGUCUUGAGGAUGCUGAAGAGGCUGCAGCCAACCACCAUCACGAGACGGCGAGGCUCCGACGUGUUGAAGAGGAAUUACGACGCGUUAAGGAGGAACUUUGGGUAGCAAAAAAAGAACAACAAGAGGCAACAACACCACCACCACUACCGCCACCGCCACCGCAACAACAACUAACAGAAUUAAUUGAAGCACUGGAUGACACGAAGCAGAAACUUGCAUCAUCUAUGGUGCGAGAACAUCAGCAAACAGUCAAGCUGAUGCGUGCUGUAGAAGCCUUAACAGUUGUUCGUGAGCAACUUGCACGUGUUGGUGAAGCAAAUACUCGUCUCACACGGGAACUCAGCGAGAAGGAGGCGUCACUGCGAUUGGCAGAAAGUGAACAGCAACGUCUGCAAGCUCAGUGGCGGGAAGCGCAGGAGGCGACACGAGUUCGGCAACGGGCGACAUUACAGGCAUUAUCGCACAUUAUUAUGGAGGGCGACGAAAGUAAGACGUAA